CGAAUUUUUUCUCACAGGAUCACGCACGCACGCAUGCCGUGCAUCACUCAGAGCUCAAAGCUGAAAGAAAGAGGCGGUGCAUUGUUGUUUACAGCGUGAGAUCAAAAGACUUCUCGCUCAAAACAACGCAUACUUGACGCAGAUUUAGCGUAUCUCACAGACUCGGCUGCUAGACGUUGUAAACACCAUGAGCGUACAGAAAAUUGAAACUGAAGAGCAGUUUGACCAGUCUUUGCAGUCUUCAAACAGGGUUGUUGUCUAUUUUUGUGAAGAAUGGGAGACAAACUACGCCACGCUCUCUGCCAGUGUGGAAACAGCAGCUAAAUCUUUUAAGGAUGUCAGCUUUUACAAAAUUCUCGCCGAAAAGUUCCCAAAGAUAGCCUUAAAAUAUGGCGUGACUGAAGUUCCAACCUUUUUAAUCUUCCAAGGGGGCCAAGAAACCGGUCGUGUCAAUGGAGCUAACAUUGCUGAGCUCACUGUCAAGCUGCACACAGAAUCCAACAAGGUCGUGUUUUCCUAUCCAUACAAAUCGGAUGCAGAAGGAGACGAAUUCUACAAAGGAUUGGUCAACAAAGCGCCAGUGCUGCUUUUCAUGAAGGGAGACCCCAAGGAGCCCAGAUGCGGUUUCAGCCGUCAAAUUGUGUCAUUACUGGACAGCAUCAGUGCCACCUACUCCACCUUUGAUAUUCUGAGAGACGAGAACGUCCGUCAGGGUCUGAAGGCGUUUGCCGAGUGGCCAACCUAUCCUCAACUGUGGAUCAAGGGAGAUCUCAUUGGAGGCCUUGAUAUUGUCAGAGAAAUGCUUGAAAAUGGAGAACUUCAAGCUGCUCUCAAGGGUUAAAUUACGUUUUGUCCUUCACCGCAGUCCGAACGAUUUAGUUUUUCACCAUAAAUCGCUUGUUUGCGGUUUUGGACUGCUAAAUUCUCCCCUAGGCGAACAAGGCUUCCAAUAAUUUGGCCUUCAAUAAAUUUACGAUGUACUGCUGUGUACGUUGCCUUGUUUUGCGUUAUUUCCAAAACGUGCGAAAAAUCUUUUCCGCAACAAAUAAAAAUUCUAAUAAAAAUA